AUGAUCCCCAAGGAGAACAGUACAGUCGUGACUGAGUUCAUUCUUGCCGGGAUAACUGAUGACCCACAACUGCAGAUCCCACUCUUUCUAGUGUUCACGCUCAUCUGCCUCCUCACUCUGGCUGGGAACCUGGGGGUGCUCACGCUGACCCUGCUGGACGCUCGUCUCCACACCCCCAUGUACUUCUUCCUCAGCCACCUCGCUCUGGCGGACUUCGCUUACUCCACAGCCGUCACUCCCAAAGUGAUGGCAGGAUUCCUCAUCGGAGACAAGGUCAUUUCCUACAAUGCUUGUGCCGCUCAGUUUGCUUGUGCCGCUCAGUUUUUCUUCUUUGCUGUCUUUCUUGCUGUGGACACUUUUCUCUUGUCCUCAAUGGCCUAUGACCGUCAUGCAGCGGUGUGUAAGCCACUCCAUUACACCACCAUCAUGACACCAAGGGUGUGUGCCCGGAUGGUCGUAGGAUGCUACGUCGUUGGUUUUCUCGUGGCCUCUGUGCAUACAUGGAACGCGUUCAGUCUCUCUUUCUGCAGAUCCGAUGUGGUUGAUCACUUUUUCUGUGAUGCUACACCUCUCCUGGCUCUCUCGUGCUCAGACAGCAACAGAAGCGAGAUCGUUUUAUUUCUUUUGGUUGGCUUCAAUGUUGUCUUUUCUAACCUGGUCAUCCUGGCUUCCUAUCUGUUUAUCUUUGUCACCAUUCUGAGGGCGCGCUCAUCUGAAGGACGCCAGAAGGCCUUUUCCACCUGUGCUUCCCACCCCACUUCCGUCUCCAUCUUCUGUGGGGCAGGCGCCUUCAUGUACCUACAGCCCGGCUCCCGCCAUUCCAUGCGCACAGACAAAAUGGCGUCUGUGUUCUACGCCGUGGUCAUGCCCAGGCUGAGUCCGCCCAUCUAUCGCCUGAGGAACAGAGACGUCAAGAGGGCAUUAACACAGGCUGUGGGGAAGGCAAAGUCUUCUAUAAGAUUCAUAUCUUAA